CGGACUUUUCCUUCCCUUCCUCAUCCAUCUCAGGCAGCCGCCGAGCGCCUCCCGUCGUCGUCCAGAGCGUGCUUAACGAACCGAAACGCGAUGCUUAACAUCACGAACCGCGCUGCCCCCGCGGCAAUGAAGCGCUUCGCGGCGGGCAUGGCCACCGUUGCGGAACGCAUCGGCGACCAGAAGGUCCCCAUGUCCCUCCUCGAGAAGGGCGCCUACAUCAACUACCAGCGCAUCGAGGACAACCUCGCCGUUGUCCGCGAAAGAUUGCAGCGGCCAUUGACGAUGAGCGAGAAGAUUGUGUACGGUCAUCUGGACGACCCACACAACCAGGACAUCGAGCGCGGUGUCAGCUACUUGAAGUUGCGGCCAGACCGUGUAGCGUGCCAGGACGCAACCGCGCAGAUGGCCCUCCUCCAGUUCAUGUCGGCGGGCAUGGACACCGCGGCGGUCCCGACCACUGUACACUGCGACCACUUGAUUGAGGCCCAGGUUGGCGGUGUGAAGGAUUUGGCGCGUGCUAUCGACAUUAACAAGGAGGUCUACGACUUCCUGGCCACGGCGACUGCCAAGUACGGUCUUGGUUUCUGGAAGCCGGGCUCUGGUAUCAUUCACCAAAUCAUCCUCGAGAACUACGCAUUCCCGGGCGGCAUGAUGAUUGGCACGGACUCGCAUACCCCCAACGCCGGUGGUCUCGCCAUGGUUGCGUGCGGUGUUGGCGGUGCCGACGCCGUCGACGUUAUGGCCGGCAUUCCUUGGGAGCUCAAGUGCCCGAAGGUCAUCGGUGUCAACCUCACUGGCAAGAUCAGCGGCUGGACGACUCCGAAGGACGUCAUCCUCAAGGUCGCCGGCAUCCUUACUGUCAAGGGUGGUACCGGUGCCAUCGUCGAGUACAAGGGCCCGGGUGUCGAGUCUUUGUCUUGCACGGGUAUGGCCACCAUCUGCAACAUGGGUGCCGAGAUCGGUGCGACGACGUCCAUCUUCCCGUACAACAACCGCAUGGAGUCGUACCUCCACGCGACGAAGCGCGGCAUGAUUGCGGAUUACGCCAACAAGUUCCAGCACAACCUCAAGGCUGACGAGGGUGCCGAGUACGACCAGCACAUUGAGAUCAACCUCUCUGAGCUCGAGCCGCACAUCAACGGCCCCUUCACUCCGGAUCUUGCUACUCCCCUCAGCAAGUUCAAGGACGCCGUCAAGGCUAACGGCUGGCCGGAGGAGCUCAAGGUCGGGUUGAUCGGCUCUUGCACCAACUCGUCCUACGAGGACAUGUCCCGCGCUGCGAGCAUCGCGCGCGAGGCGAAGGAGCACGGUCUUGACGUCAAGAGCAAGUUCACCGUCACCCCUGGAUCUGAGCAGGUCCGUGCCACUAUUGAGCGCGACGGCCAGAUGGCUGCCUUUGAGGACGUCGGCGGCCUCGUCCUCGCGAACGCCUGCGGCCCGUGCAUUGGCCAGUGGGACCGCAAGGACGUGAAGAAGGGCGAGAAGAACUCGAUCAUCACCUCGUACAACCGCAACUUCACCGGCCGCAACGACGCGAACCCGGCGACGCACGCGUUCGUCGCGUCUCCGGACAUCGUCACCGCGAUGGUGUUUGGCGGAAAGUUGACGUUCAACCCGGUGACGGACACGCUCGUUGGUGCAGAUGGCAAGGAGUUCAAGUUCACGGACCCGUCGGGCAACGAGCUGCCGCCGCGCGGCUACGAUCCGGGUCAGAACACGUUCCAGGCGCCGCCUGAGGACCGUGCCUCUGUCAACGUCGCCGUCGACCCCAAGUCGGACCGUCUCCAGCUGCUCAAGCCCUUCGCGCCUUGGGACGGCAAGACUCCGACUGACCUGCCCAUCCUCAUCAAGGCCAAGGGCAAGUGCACCACCGACCACAUCUCCGCCGGCGGCCCGUGGCUCAAGUACCGUGGCCAUCUCGAGAACAUCUCGCAGAACUGCCUGAUCGGCGCCAUCAACGCCGAGAAUGGCGAGGCCAACAAGGUCAAGAACCAGCUCACGGGCGAGUACGGCGCCGUCCCCGCGACCGCCGCGUACUACCGCGACCACGGCAUCAAGUGGGUCGUCGUCGGUGACCACAACUACGGCGAGGGCUCGUCCCGCGAGCACGCCGCGCUCGAGCCGCGCUUCCUCGGUGGCCUCGCCAUCAUCACCCGCUCGUUCGCCCGUAUCCACGAGACGAACUUGAAGAAGCAGGGCAUGCUCGCGUUGACCUUCGUCGACCCCGCCGACUACGACCGCGUCCGCCCCGACGAUAAGAUCGACAUCCUCGGGUUGGAGAGCUUCGCGCCGGGCAAGAACUUGACGCUCAACGUCAAGCAUUCGGACGGCACGAGCGAGCAGAUCCCGGUCGCGCACUCGUACAACGAGGGCCAGAUCGAGUGGUUCAAGGCGGGCUCCGCGCUCAACUUGAUGGCGGCGAAGGCGAGGGGUCAGUAAAAGGCGAACCCAGUGUUGUACUACUCGAACUACCAUCGCCGUCGUCGCUGGCGUCCAGCGCGGACUGCCUCUACUACGCAGCGGAUGGCCAGCGCGACGGCGGACGAGGGACGGAGUACUGGCGGCGGGGUGGGGAGCUGACGGACGUAGCAUAUCGAUAUCGCAUCAUUCUGCUUUCUUUUCCUAGUGUACUGGUAAUGUUUCCGCUUUGUUUUCCAGUCCGUCAUUUAUGUAUGCGAUGGAUAUCCUGUA